UUGCAUUGGAUUCAGUGGACUGCAACCGAGGCUAUAAAAAGCACUUCCACUCUCCCUCUUCUGAGUGCCAAAAGAAAGAUACCUCCUCCACCCCUUCCCUGUCCAAAGCAACUAUCGUUGCUUCUCCUUCUCCCUCUUCAAUUCUCUACCUAACUCCACCAUCACAGACUCUUGCAUCGCACACAAGAAGUCAAACGUAACCAGAAGCAAACAUAGAGGCUAAUAAUUGCAGUGUACUUUCCGAGAAUUCCUUCAGUUGGGUGCCGGCAGGCCGGAAGGCCGACAUUUCCUAUGGGCUCCUUCCAAACACGCGUUCGGAAGGGCAAGGUGGUGGUGGUGAUGGGAGCGACCGGCACCGGCAAGUCGAGGCUGGCAAUCGACCUGGCGGUUCACUUCGGCGGCGAGGUCGUCAACUCCGACAAAAUGCAGCUGUACGACGGCCUCGACGUCGUCACCAACAAGGUCACCGACGAGGAGACUUGCGGCAUCCCCCACCACCUCCUCGGCGGGGUCCCCCGGGAUGCCGAGUUUACCGCUUCCGACUUCCGCCGCGCGGCCGGGCGGGCGGUGGACGCGAUCGCGCGGCGCGGGCGGCUGCCGGUCGUCGCGGGGGGCUCGAAUUCGUACAUCGAGGAAUUGAUCGACGGGGCGGGGAGGGAGUUCCGGUCGAGGUACGAGUGCUGCUUCCUGUGGGUGGACGUGCAGUCGAAGGAGCUGCACCAGUUCGUGGCCGAGCGGGUGGACCGCAUGCUGGAGCGCGGGCUGGUGGAGGAGGUGCGGGGGAUAUUCGACCCCGAGGCCGACUACGGUAGAGGGAUUCGGAAGGCGAUCGGCGUGCCGGAGAUGGACGGCUACCUGCGGGCCGAGGGGGAGGGGGCCGACGAGGGGGCGAAGGCGAGGCUGCUGGAGGCGGCCAUCGACGAGAUCAAGGCCAGCACCUGCAAGCUGACCUGCUGCCAGCUGCAGAAGAUUAAUCGGCUGCGGGCGCUGCCGGGGUGGGACGUCCGCCGCGUCGACGCCACCGACGUGUUUCGGAAGCGAGGAGAGGAGGCGGACGAGGCCUGGGGCGAGCUUGUGAGCAGACCCAGCAUUGAGACUGUUCAGAAAUUUUUGAACCAAGACGAGAAGGUAGAAGAGAAGGAUGAGGGGCAGGAGGAGGAGGUCUUCUUCGUUGCGAGCAGCUGCGGCAAGGAGGGGAAGAGCAUUUUGGCCAAUGGAACAGUGGUGCCGGUGACCGAGGCCGGCGCCGCCACCAUGGUAGUGGGGGCCACCGUGUGAGAGCGGGAGAGGCGGGGCCCGCGUCACGUGUGGUGUGAGGUUACGGACCGGUGAGUGGGUAGCGGGCCCCAGAGGUGGGCGCCGCGUGCGCACAAGUGGGUGUGGUUGCUUUCAGAGCCGUUAAUGGUUCCCUACUAAUAGUAUAUUAAAUAGACAGAGAGUGCGUGCGUGCGUGCGUGCGCGCGUUUGGGUCGUACGGUUGGACGAUGUUCGCGGCUGCUAUUUCUGGGGCUCGCACGCCCGGGUUUUCGUACGUUGUGCGGCCGCACCGCCAUGGGUGGCCGGCCCGGCUUAGCAUUACUUUCUCUUUCAAUAUCGCUCGCCGGGCAUAUAAAAGGCUUUUGGAGUACUAGUGUAAAGCCACUCCUUUUCUUCUUCUUUUUUUUUUGUGUCUCUCUUACUAUGUAGUUUCCUUCUAUUUGAUGAGCAUGGUUUUUGAUCUGUACUGAGAUAUUGGCUUGUGUGGGUAAUGAUCAAUAAUAUAUGCGCGGAGUUUUCACAAAAAA